CAGCAAUAUCUAGAUGAGCGAACACGAAUUCACGUAUAGAAGACUUCUGCCGAAGAGCCGGGUGGUGGUUUCUAUAAUGGCCUGUAUAUCCGUGGUAUCAGGUGUGGUUGCCGGCUACCUUUUCAUGACCAGCAUGGCGGGCGUUUCGCAGGCGGUGAAGAUUGUCUGGACCACUGGAUCGGCCAUCUAUGCACUGGCCUCAGUUUUGCUCAUCAUAGGAGUUUGGAAGCUGAUUAAGUGGCUCAUAUAUCCAUACAUGUUCCUGCUCAUCAUGGCCAUCGCAGUCUACACAAUGAUCCUCCAGUGGUUAUUCAAGAAUCUCCCGGCAGCCGUUUUCGCAUCCGUCGCCAUCAGCUUCAUAUUCCUUGGAGUGGCGCUGCACAUGACCAAAAGUUUGGAUCAGAUCCGCAGAGAAACCGCUUAGCUGUAUGAAUUAUGCAAAAUUAUUGAUGUAUUAAUGUACUUUAUUUAGAUUCCAAAAUUGUAGUGUACUUAAAUUGUGACUU